CCACUUACUUCGCUGCCACUCCUCGAUCAUGCCGCCAUACGUUUUCGAGUCUAGGGUUGUUUGCACCUUCCUCCGCAUCCUCCUAUGCUUUAUGAUUCGGUGCCGCAAACAGUUCUUCACGAACUCAAGCACACCCACAUGGCAUGCUUCCAUUACUCGGUCACGGCAGCUGCUCUAGUAGUGGUUAGAUCCAACUACAAGUGAGGGCACCACCACCACCCUCCGCCACACCUCCGCCACCACUACCACCGUGGCUGAUCGCCGAAUUGCCGGCCCGUGGUCUCAGUUGUCGCACCAGAGAACUCGGCCUACCCUACUCUACCUACUUGUACCUUCUAGUGCACGUGUAUGUACCUAUCACAAGCAGCAACAUCACAUCCACCGUGCCGACUUCUACAUACGCGCCCCUCACCCAUCCCAUAACCAUCACCAACCAUCACACCAACGAUGCCUCACGCCGCCUCCGCCAACCGCCCUCCCGCUUCGUCCUCGCAGCGCACAGCGUACGCGGGAUGGACGGAAUGCAGAGCAAAGCGGAAGCCGACGGCUGGCACGCCCAUGCGCGCCGGCGAGGACGCAGUAAUAGAGAUGGAUCCGGCAUUGGCAAAGAACAUAGGAGUGACAGAGGGGUCUAAGGUAUCCAUCCAGAUACACGUUGAUCCGCCGGCAGCGCACACCCUCCACAUUGAACCUCUCACGGCGAGCGAUUGGGAGAUCAUCGAAUUGCACGCGUCAUUCCUCGAGCUCAACUUGCUAUCCCAGAUCCGUUGUGUGACCACCGCCCACCCGCUCUCGGUGUACCUCUCGCCCACGUCGACCGCGUCUAUACGGCUGACGAAGGUGGAGCCCGAGUCCGCGCUGUCUGGCCCUAACGGCUUCGCCAAGAUCUCUCCCGACGCAGAAAUCAUUGUUGCGCCGAAGACCAGACAGCGGCGGCCUAGUAGGGGCGCAAAAUCGACUACGAGUACAGCUCGGACCUCUACGAGGAGAAGACCUGAAGGUGCCUCCGUGUCUACGGGAAAGACGGCGCUAUUCUUGAGGGGCGUGGUGCUGCCGACUGUGCGGCAUGUCCCAGUUGCGGACGAGGAGCCCGAUCAUGAGGAGGAGAAUGACGAAAUGAAUGGUGGGGGCCGUGGUUUCACGGUGUAUCUGGACCCCAGUGCGAUCGCAUCAAAGCAGCUGCGGAACACGUCGAAGGUUGUGGUGUCGAUUGUUCGGCCGCCGUCGCUGCUACCUCCGAAGGACCCUUCGCAGCAGCAACAGGAACAACAGGGCGACAAGGACAAGGACAAGAAAGAUUCCGAGAUUGCCGCGGCGACAAAGAUAGUAGCCAACGUCCGACCGUGGGAUUUUGCGCCGGAUGCGAAACAUGUAGCACUCUCCCGUCUUUUGGCAGCUUCCCUCCAUCUCUUCGAAGGAGAAGUCGGUCCCAUGGUGCGCCUUGAGGCCGCGCUGCAGCCGGUUCCUCACAAGAUACUCGCCAAGGUCAAGAUACAUCCGUUUACGAAGGGGGGCAAGGAGGACGGCGUGAGAUGGGGCGGAGGAACCAAACGAUUGGAGGAAAUGGCCAUCUCUCGAAUCCAGGACGUAUUGGGACCCAAACGGCUGCGGAACGGCACAAAUGCGAUGAUUGAGGAGGACUUGGCUUCUGUUUCUCCCGGCGAGGGUAUUCUAGAGGGCCCGCUUACCGAUGGUAUGGUGCUUCCGGCGAUCGAGGACUCGCCGAUUGCCUCCGGUGGAAUAAUCAAACUCGAGGUCACAACGAUCGAGGGAGCCGAUGCUUCUCAAGCACCGUUGUUGAAAUGGUUCAUGGCCGGUGACAAGAGACCUACUAUCGAGAUUGCCUCACAUAUCCCCAAACCACCGGCGCCAGCGGUUCCGGAGACAAUGUUUGUGCCGGAUGAAGAGGACGAAGUGGUUGGGGUAGAUGCUGUUCUCCAAUCGGUUACCGAGAACCUUCUUUCUGCGUCGUCGGUGCUUUUGGCUGGUGCUCACGGUUCUGGUAAAACCUCCGUCGUGCGGUUGAUUGCGAAGAGGUUGUCCGGCGCACCGCACUUUUACCGGGUAGUUGACCCUGGGACGCUCUCUAAACUCGCGGAUGAGCGAGUAGCUGUGGUUAAAGAGAAUCUCAUCCGGUGGUUGUCGGAGGCAACUUGGAUGGCAGGCAAAUCAUCUCGCAGUAUUCUACUCCUGGAUGAUCUGGACCGGUUAUGCGCCACUGAAUCCGAAAAUCAGGACAACUCGCGGGUUCGACAGCUCGCAGAAGUUGUUGUUUCCACUAUCAAGAAAUUUACAGCUGGCAAAUUGGUGGUUGUCCUCGGUAGUUGCCAGGCAAAGGAGAGUCUCCACAGUCAUCUGGUUAGCACCCAUGUUUUCCGGGAAACCAUCGCCCUGAAGGCCAUGACCAAGGAGGGUAGACGGACGGUACUGGAGGGAAUCGUAGCUACCCGUGGCGGCGUGCAUCCGAGUCUGGACUUCCGGUUGAUUUCAGCCAAAACCGAGGGAUACAUGCCAGGUGAUCUCGCGCUCCUUGUGGAUCGUGCUCGCCACGAAGCUGUAGUUCGACUGGUCGAUAGCUCCGACUCCACGGUCGUUAAUUCGCUGGUGCUGGGACCCGAGGACUUUGAUUCCGCACUAGCCGGCUUUGUCCCUGCUGGUCUCCGCGGUGUCAAACUACAGACCUCCGGAGCUGGCUGGAAAGACAUUGGAGGUCUGAAGGAAACACGAAAGAUCCUCCUUGAAACUCUCGAAUGGCCAACCAAAUACGCGCCGAUCUUCGCCUCCUGUCCCCUCCGCCUCCGUUCCGGUCUCCUACUCUACGGCUACCCGGGUUGUGGAAAGACUCUCCUUGCGUCCGCCGUCGCCGGCGAAUGCGGCCUGAACUUCAUCUCAGUCAAGGGUCCCGAGAUCCUCAACAAGUACAUCGGAGCCUCCGAAAAGUCCGUGCGUGACCUUUUCGAGCGCGCCUCGGGUGCAAAGCCGUGCGUGCUGUUCUUUGACGAAUUCGACUCGAUCGCUCCGAAGCGUGGACACGACUCUACGGGUGUUACCGACCGUGUGGUCAACCAGAUGUUGACGCAGAUGGACGGAGCCGAGGGAUUGGACGGCGUCUAC